AUGAUCAAAUAUCUUCUUUCUUUCGGGCUCCUCGCAUUGUGCGUGGUCGCACGGGUAGAGAAUGACAUGCCAAAGCUGACCCUCCCGUGGGGCACGUGGCAAGCGGCUCGGUUUUCGGAGGACAAGAACAUUCUCGUCUUCAAAAAUGUCCGAUUCGGUGCGAAGCCUGAACGCUUUGGCGCUCCCUCCUUCCCCGACUGGGAAGACGACAAGAUCCAGGACAGCCAAGGUGGCCGAAGCUGCAUCCAGAUCAACCCCAACAAACUCAAGAACCCUCCUGGCGGAAGACAUUUGGUUUACGAGAGUCCGGAUGAGAGCAUCGUUCAGGACGAAGACUGUCUCUUUCUUGACAUCUACGUGCCCGCCAAAGCCUUCGACAAGGAUCGAGCUCACCUCCCAGUCGUAGUCUGGCUGUAUGGUGGUGCUUACGCAUUUGGCAGCAAGGACCAAUUCAACCCGCUCUACACUGGACAGUCUCUCCUGGAGGCCUCCGAAUACGGAACCAUCUUCGUCACCGGCAACUACCGCCUCGGUGCCUACGGUUGGCUGGCGGGUUCGUACAUGGAAGAGAAUGGACAGCCUAACGCCGGACUCUACGACCAAGCCCUCCUUUUCGAAUGGGUCCAGGAGUAUAUCGAGCAGGUGCGAGGCGACCGGUACAGCGUCAGCGCCUGGGGAGAGUCAGCCGGUGCCGGAUCCAUCAUUCAUCACCUCAUCCGCGAGGACGGCAAGAAGGAUCCCAACUUCGGCACGUUCCUGGUGCAAAGCCCUGCCUUCGAGUGGCAGUGGGACAACUCCAAAGACGGCAGUCUCGACAAGACGUUCCGAACUUUCUCCGACCUGGCAGGCUGUGGUGAUAAGUACGACAUUGACUGUCUGCGUGACGCCAAAUCUGAUAAGCUUGUCGACGCGAAUCAGCAGCUCUUUGGCAAGGUCAAGCAGACUGGUCUCUUCCCCGUUGGACCUUCUGUAGACGGGAAAUGGGUCAAGACCAUCCCUACCAUCGCUUUCUCUCAAGGCAAGUACUGGGACAACAUCUGGUCAAACAUCGUUUCCCACUGCGCAAACGAGGCACAGUCAUUCACGCCUCACGACGUGGACUCGCAGGAGAAGUUCAACUCCUUCCUGGCUACCUUCUUCCCCGGCGACAAGCUCUCAAAUGUGAGGGACCAGAUCCGUCAGCAGUACAGUUGUGCGGAUCACCAUCACGGCAACUACACGACCUGUCUCAAGGAGAUCAUCCAAGACUCCUCAUUCACAUGCAACACCCGAGACCUCUUCGAUUCCUACCCUGACAGAUCUUACAUGAUGGAGUACGCGUACCCUCUCAGAAUCCUGGCGUACCACGCCAGUGACCUGAUCCCCCUCUUCUCGAACAACGUCCAGCAAGUCCUUGAUCUCCUCUCAAAGGUCCUGAAGAGCAAGAUCUUGGCCAAGCUCUACGCCAAGGUUCUCGAAGGUCUGGUUGCUACGAGAUACAAGGCAUACUUUGCAUCCUUUGCGCUCAGCGGAGACCCGAACAAUCUUGAGGACACGGCAAGGCUCUUUUGGCCAAUUGCGGAUGGAAACCAGGACGAGCUCACCGAUGUGUUGCAGGUCCGGGCCCCCGGGCUUCUUCAUUCGGCAUUCCGCCUUACGUCGGAUGAUCAGAACUCCAGGAAGCGAUGCGAGUUCUGGAACAACAUCGCCAAAGAAGUUAUGGGCACGGAGGAGGGCGGAGUCUACGAUGUUGUUGAUCAGGCUGUACUGAAGAAAGGUCCCUCCAUCUUCGAAGAAUUGUAA